CCUAACGUGACUCCAAUCUUCCAGCAUCUCCUAGAGCAUGCACGUCACGCUCGGCCGGCGAGCUAUAUAUGCAGUGACCUCGCACCAAUCCGUUGCUUCCCGGCAGUCUUUUGUUUCUUUACACACGCUUUUAUCUUCCGUGCACAAAGCACCAUGAACUCGAAACUCGAAUUCACAGACAAGGCGCAACAAGCGCUUGUCAACGCUUCAGAACUUGCUCAGCAGUACCAGCAUAGCCAGAUCAGCCCGGUGCAUCUGGCUGUUGUGCUGUACGAGCCACCACCAGACCUCAGCAGGGAUCAGCAGAACGGUCCCCAGCAGGAGGAAUCCCUCUUCAAACAGAUCAUUCAGAGGAGCCAUGGCGACACCCAAGCUUUCGACCGGUCGCUGAAGAAGGCUCUUGUACGACAGCCAUCCCAAGACCCGCCUCCAGAGCAGAUCCCAGUGUCUCCUGCAUUCUCCAAGAUUCUCAGACAAGCGAACGAGCUACGGGCGACACAGAAAGAUAGCUACAUCGCAAUCGACCACCUCAUCCAAGCUUUGGUCCAAGACCCCAGCAUCCAAAAGUCGUUGACUGAAGCCAACAUUCCAAAGACGAAGCUCAUCGACGAAGCUAUCCAGCAGAUCCGGGGCAACAGGAGGGUCGACUCGAAGACAGCAGACGCGGAGGCAGAGCAUGAAAAUCUGAAAAAGUUCACCAUCGACAUGACGGCCAUGGCGAGGGAAGGAAAGAUCGACCCCGUCAUUGGCCGCGAGGAGGAGAUUCGCAGAGUCAUUCGGAUCUUGUCGAGACGAACGAAGAACAAUCCCGUACUGAUCGGCGAGCCUGGUGUUGGCAAGACAACCGUCGUGGAGGGCUUGGCUCUGCGAAUAGUAAAUGCAGAUGUGCCCGCCAACCUGGCACAGUGCAAGCUCCUCUCGCUCGAUGUCGGUGCUCUUGUUGCAGGCAGCAAGUACCGUGGUGAGUUUGAAGAGCGCAUGAAGGGCGUGCUGAAGGAGAUCGAGGAGGCCAAGGAGAUGAUUGUUCUCUUCGUCGACGAAAUUCACCUACUCAUGGGAGCUGGCUCCAGCGGCGAAGGUGGCAUGGAUGCUGCCAACUUGCUGAAGCCAAUGCUUGCUCGUGGUCAGUUGCACUGCAUCGGUGCUACGACUCUUGGCGAAUACAGAAAAUACAUCGAGAAAGAUCAAGCAUUCGAGCGGCGUUUCCAGCAAGUGCUCGUGAAAGAGCCGACCGUAUCAGAGACAAUCUCGAUUCUCAGAGGUCUAAAGGAGCGUUAUGAGGCACAUCACGGUGUCACCAUCCUCGACGGUGCCCUCGUAACCGCCGCCACCCUCGCAGCACGCUACCUGACUCAACGCCGCUUGCCUGACUCGGCUGUCGACCUCAUCGACGAGGCAGCAGCAGCUGUGCGUGUAGCACGUGACUCUCAACCGGAAGUCAUCGACCACCUCGAGAGAAGACUGCGACAGCUGCAGAUCGAAAUCCAUGCGUUGGAGCGUGAGAAGGAUGAAGCUUCUCAGAAACGACUUGCUGAGGCCAAGGCUGAAGCUGCCAAUGUCGAGGAAGAUCUGAAGCCUCUUCGCGAAAAGUACGAACAGGAGAAGGCACGUACGCAUGAAAUUCAAGAGGCGAAGCAGAAGCUCGAUCAGCUCAAGAUCAAGUUGGCAGACGCCGAGCGAGUCAACGAUUUCGCAACAGCUUCUGACUUGCAGUACUACGCAAUUCCAGACAUUCAGCAGAAGAUCAACCGACUCGAGAAAGAGAAGCAAGCUCAGGAAAUCGAGAUGGCGGCUCGUCGUGGAUCAGUGAACGACCAACCGCUCGUGACUGACGCCGUGGGUCCAGAUCAGAUCAACGAGAUUGUCGCGCGCUGGACUGGCAUCCCGGUGACGAGACUAAAGACCACGGAGAAGGAGAAGCUCCUGCAGAUGGAGCGCGUCCUCGGCGAGACUGUUGUUGGUCAGGCAGAAGCAGUCAAGGCAGUGUCGAACGCCAUCCGACUGCAACGUUCUGGCCUAGCAAACCCGAACCAGCCACCGUCAUUCCUCUUCUGCGGACCCUCAGGAACUGGUAAGACUUUGCUCACAAAGGCUCUUGCCGAGUUUUUGUUCGACGAUCCAAAGGCCAUGAUCCGGUUCGACAUGUCUGAAUAUCAGGAGCGUCACUCACUCAGCAGAAUGAUUGGCGCACCACCAGGCUAUGUGGGACACGAUGCUGGCGGACAACUGACCGAAGCUCUCCGACGGCGGCCAUUCUCCAUCCUUCUCUUCGACGAGGUUGAAAAGGCGGCGAAGGAAGUCCUUACUGUUCUUUUGCAGCUCAUGGACGACGGUCGUAUUACCGACGGCCAAGGCAGAGUUGUGGAUGCGAAGAACUGUAUCGUGGUAAUGACGUCCAACUUGGGCGCCGAAUACCUUUCGCGACCAAAUCUUCCCAGUGGCAAGAUCGACCCCACCACGAAGGAGAUGGUCAUGAACGCUCUACGCAACUACUUCCUCCCGGAGUUCCUCAACCGCAUCAGCAGCAUCGUUAUCUUCAACAGGUUGACGAAGAAGGAAAUCCGCCGUAUUGUCGACGUACGGAUGGCGGAGAUCCAGAAGAGGUUGGCCGCCAACGGACGCAACAUCACUAUCCAGAUCACGGACGACGUCAAAGACUACCUCGGAUCGGCUGGAUACUCUCCCGCUUACGGUGCUCGUCCUUUGGCACGGCUCAUCGAGAAGGAGGUGCUCAAUCGCAUGGCCGUUCUUAUUCUCAGGGGCGCAAUCCGAGACGGCGAGACGGCACGCGUCGUUUUGGAGAACGGACAUAUCUCUGUGCUACCGAACCACAGCGACACGGACAUGGAGAACAGUGACAGCGAGAUGUAUGAUGAAGAAGAUGCCCUGGCUGAGCUGGAAGAUCAGGAUGGUAGCAUGGAGCUUUACGACUAAAGUAAAUUGUUUUUAGACGUCUGCAAGAUUAAAGGCGGACAUGAUUGAUCUUGAGAGCCAACCGAUUUAACGGGCUGGCUUUUUUGUAAUGAUACGAUUAUGAGAUGAUCAGAUUAUGGUAAUCGGGGAAGGGGUUAUGUAGCUCUUUCUAACCCUGAAAUUCAAAAAAGUUGAACAAAUCAAAA